AUGGGAACUAGUCCUGACACAGACAAGGCUAUUGCCGAGUCCCUAACCGCUAUAGAUAACAGCAGCCAUGACAACGAACAACCAACUCACCCAACGUAUCCUGCGGUCGACGAGAAAUCUGUAGAAGAGCCGACAUAUGACGUCGGUCUUCAUGCAUGGUUGCAAGUGUUGGGCUCGUUUUUCCUGUUUUUCAACUCAUGGGGUGUGAUAAAUACAUGGGGUUCAUUUCAGACAUACUAUACACAGAACACUUUGUCCGAUGUGCCGUCAUCCUCGAUCGCCUGGAUUGGAUCACUGCAGUCGUUUCUUCUCAUGCUCUUCGGGGUGGUGACAGGGCCCCUGUUCGACGCGGGUUACUUCCGGGGUCUGCUAUCCUUCGGGACCUUCAUGCUCCCCUUUGGGCUCAUGAUGACCAGUAUCGCCUCCAAGUACUGGCACUUUAUCCUCGCUCAAGGCAUCUGCAUUGGCUUAGCCAGCGGCUGUCUCUUCGUGCCAUCAGUAGCCAUCCUACCGCAGUACUUCAAACAGAAGAGAGGACUCGCCAACGGACUCGCUGCCUCGGGAAGUAGCAUUGGUGGCGUCGUUUAUCCGAUCAUGUUCAAGCAACUGAUAAACAAAGUUGGAUUUCCAUGGGCGACCCGUGCGGUGGGAUUCAUGGCCUUCGGGACCUGCUGCAUAUCCUAUUCCAUCAUGCGAAUGCGGUUCCAGCCCAAGGAGAAGCGCAAGCUGAUUCAGAUCGCAGCGUAUAAAGAGCCGGCCUUUGUGAUGUUCGCCGUCGCCAUGUUCUUGGGCUUCUUGGGAUUCUACAACUUCUUGUUUUAUGUGCAGUCCUUCGCUAUCGAUGCGGGGAUUGUGGAUUCGUCACUGGGCUUCUACCUUCUGUCCAUGCUGAAUGCCGGAUCGACUAUCGGACGGAUAUUGCCUAACUUCAUCGCGGAUCACACUGGCCCGUUAAACAUGCUCACCCCCGCCGCUGUCUCUACCGGCAUUCUCUCCUUUGCCUGGAUUGGUGUCCACAAUGUUCCCGGAAUUAUCGUUUUGGCGAUCCUGUAUGGCCUCUGCUCCGGAGGAUUUGUAUCGUUGCCGCCAGUCGUGAUGGCCAGUCUGACGAAGGACAUGCGUGAUUUGGGCACUCGCUUGGGCAUGAUAUUUACGACUACAUCCAUCGCGCUACUAAUAGGGACCCCGAUUGGAGGGGCGAUUCUCAACAACACGAAUUCGUAUCUCGGAGUUCAGUUAUUCACCGCUUGCUGUCUCAUCUCCUCGUCCUCGAUAUUCGCCGCCUUGAGGAUCUCCCGCACUGGGUUUUUAUUACGUAGACGUGCCUGA